AUGAGCCUCGAGGAAGCUAAGCAGCAACGGGCUAACACAAAGAAAAGUAUUACCCGAAUCAAAAAUCAAGUCGAAGCUAAUGCAAGGGGUGAAGGAAGGACGCUGUCGUCAGCGGAACUGAAAUGUCGUUUAGGGAUUUUGGAGUCGUAUUUCAAACAAAUCUUGUCGUUCCAAACCCAAAUUGAGAAAUUUGAUCCAGAUGACAAUGGUCGACUUGAAAUCGAGGAUUUAUAUAUUGCAUGUAAAAUGAGUAUCCAGUCCCAGCUUAGCGAAGAUGUCCACAACACAUCGCUUUCUGACUCAACUAUUUGUUUCCAAGCACCCAGCCACAAGUUGCCUGCACUCAAAUUGCCCACUUUCGGUGAGCAAUUGCCACUUGGCUCAAAAACUAUCAAAUCGUCAUUUUAUGUGGACGAUUUUCUGGGUGGUGCAGACUCAGUCGAAGAAUUGGCUCAAAUUAAGCGAGAAGUUACUGAAGUUCUAAAUCAUGGCUGUUUCGAAUUGGAUAAGUGGCACUCAAACCAUAAAGAUUUCCAGCAUGACAACACAACAAAGGAUUUGAAUAUUGACGACACUGCUAUAACUAACGCUCUUGGUAUCACUUGGGAUCAACAUAAGGACGUGUUCCUAUUUUCUUUCUCGCCUAAGACUGAAAUUUCGGAGAAAAUCACGAAACGCACCAUUUUGUCACUUUCAUCGUCUCUUUAUGAUCCCCUUGGACUCCUGGCUCCUAUUAUUAUCAAAUCGAAAAUCAUCAUGCAGGAGUUAUGGAUUCUGAAAAUUGGUUGGGACGAAUCUAUUCCCCAAGAACUGCACUCAGCAUGGAAUAAUUUUGUUUCCGAUCUCAAAACUCUAUCUUCGCUUCACAUUCCUCGCUAUGUUCUCGCUGCAAAUUCUCAACAAGUUCAACUACACGGGUUUUCCGAUUCAUCUAUUCUACGCCUAUUUACUGCUAAAUCUCGUGUUGCACCUACAAAAAGACAAUCACUACCAAAGCUCGAAUUGUGUGGAGCCCAACUUUUGGCAAGACUAUACUCCAAGAUAAAAAACCUGACCUCGCCCACAAACCUCCAAGUGUUUCUUUGGUCUGAUUCUCAAUUGGUUCUUCAUUGGCUCAAGCAGCACUCCUCUACGUUAUCAGUAUUUGUUGGCAACAGAGUGUCAGAAAUUCAGGAUCUCACUAAUGGCUGCGUUUGGCGUCAUGUCCCAACACAUUUCAAUCCAGCUGAUAUUGUCUCUCGUGGUUCUUCUGUGAAAGAACUGUCCUCAUCAAUCUGGUUCAACGGUCCAGAAUUCCUUGCACUCGAUCCCAUUCAAUGGCCGCAUAACAAAAUGCAUAAAUUAUCGGAUGAAAGUCAACUAGUAAUUGACAAGGAAAAACGCAAAACUGUCCUUUGCCUAAAGGUCAAAUCUAACUACAUCUUGGAUUGCAUCGAAAAAUAUAGCUCGUAUUUGAAAAUAAUACGUGUUGUCGCCUGGCCCCAAGAACUGGAGAAUGCGUUGAUUCGUAUAGUUGUCAACAUACAGAAGCAACAUUAUCAAGAUGAUAUACAUCGAGUUCAGAAGAAAAAAGAUCCUCAAGGCACUCUGAGGUGUCUCAAUCCCUUCAUCGACUCAUCAUCUGGUGUUAAUUUGCUGAAGGUUGGAGGUCGUCUAGAAUACGCAGCUAUUUCUGAAGGCCAAAAGCACCCAAUUAUAUUGCCCAGCAAAAAUCAUUUCGUUACGUGUUUUGUACGCCAUUUACAUGUUCAAAAUUAUCACGCUGGACCUAAGGCUCUAAUGGCUCUAAUACGUGAAAAAUUCUGGAUCAUCAAUUCAAGAAACCUGUGUCGUCGUAUCGUGAACUCGUGCCCACAAUGUAUACGAUAUCGCCCGAAAUUGUUGACGCAGAUGAUGGGUAAUUUACCGGUAGAACGACUCAAUCCCUCCAGGCCCUUCGCCAGGUGUGCCGUCGACUUUUGUGGUCCUGUCAACACUUACCUAAGGAUCAGAGGAAAGGUUCCGUAUAAAACGUACAUUGCCGUAUUCAUUUGUCUCGCUACCAAGGCAGUCCACAUUGAAGUUGUUUCGGAUCUAUCAACUGAUGCCUUUAUUGCAGCUCUCAAAAGGUUGAUUGGACGCAGAGGUUUGCCCACAGAUAUAUUCUGUGAUAAUGCUACAAAUUUCGUUGGAGCAAAUUCUAAGGCACCACAUUUUGGCGGAUUGUGGGAGGCGGCCGUCAAGUCAGCCAAAGGUCAUCUGACGAAGGCUCUGUCAAACACUAGACUCACCUAUGAGGAAUUGUCUACCGCUAUGGUUGAAAUAGAAGCAAUUUUAAACUCGAGGCCGAUUUCACCUCUAUCUUGCGAUCCUAGCGACUCUGAGGCACUUACGCCAGGCCAUUUUUUAAUCGGCGCUCCCAUGCGAAGUUUGCCAGAACGUGAUGUCCUAACGAAAGAAGUCAACAAUCUUGAAUACUGGGCACGAAUAUGCGCUAUCAAGCAAAGUUUUUGGAAUAAGUGGUCCCACGACUACAUUAAUGAACUUCAAACCCGCAACAAAUGGAUUGCAUCCAACCCUAAUGUCAAACCAG